AUGACCCUUCAUGCCCACGGUUUGCUCGAACCAAACUGGACACCGCCAAACCUGCCAGCUGGGACGCCAGUUCGCCUGCUUCACUGGAGAAUCGUCUUGGAGAUCCCUGGAAAGGAAUCGGUGUUGGUAGAUAUAAAUUCGCCCAACUUUCAGGGUGGAACGUCUAUAGUCUCAGCCAUGGGGAAGAGUGGCGUGUACGGCACCUCGCACAACUCUACUGACAUGGGAAACCGGUCGAACUGGGACAAAAAGCUGCCAUCUAACACGUCCACGCCGCUCAUCACCCCCGACCUCAUCGUCCGUUUCAUCAAGGACGAGGGCUUAGACCAGUACACGUUCAACGCCCAAGGGUCUGGAUGUCUACAUUGGGUAUCGACGUUCAUCUACCACGGCGAGAAGAAAAAACUUUUCCCGCCUGGCACUCACGAUUCCUUCCUGAGGUUUGUGCGCGAGUUGAGGACGGGCGAGAACGCUCGUAUCCAGGCCAAUCCCAUGGCUGUGUCAGGAUGGAUUCCUCACGGUAGUAUUGGGUAUUUCACCAAGCCAGAGCUGAAUUACGACGCCGCGAGAGUCUGA